GGCUUGUAGGAUUAUUAGGGGGAAAGGGGAGGGGGGGCAGCUGUUUGAGACCAGACGAUUGGGAUCCUCGGUUCUGCAUUGAAGGCGCUCUCUCCCCCCCCCUCUUCUCUCAACCCCCCCCCCAUUGCAUUUUAGGCAUCCCCUCCCCAAUUGUUUUGUUAGUAUAGUUCUCCCCCCCUUCCUUUCCUUCCCUCCUUCCUCCCAUCAGGAGGGAGGGGCCACCUCGCUUCUCUCUCCCCCCCUCCCCUCCCCUCCCCUUCAAGCCGAGCGGAGCCAUCCACGGGCGAACCUGCGGGGCUGGGGAGGGGAGACCCCCCCCCGGCCUGGUCUUCAGCCCACCUGCCCUCGCAGGAGCCGGCCGGCCACUCGCCCCUAGAGCCCGGCGCUGCAGGAGAGGGGGGGGCAUCCGGAGGGGGGGGCGCCUGGGCCGAGGGGGGGGGGAGGAAAGGACGGCGCUGGAGGGGCCGGGGGGAGGCAGGCAGGCAGGCAGGCGAGGCUACUGCGCUUGGAGUCGAGGGGAGCGGCGGCGGCGGCGGCGGCGGCGCUGCGGGGGGAGGCCAAUGCCAUUUCCCACCCAGAGCGGCGGGCGGCGAGAAUGAGAGAUGCCGGUGAAAGAUAGGAUGGUGGCGGGCGAGUUGAGCAUGUAUAGCCCAAUCCUAGCCUGCUGGCAGCCGAUUCUCAUCUUGAUGCUGGGAUCCAUCCUCUCCGGCUCCGCCACGGGCUGCCCGCCCCGCUGCGACUGCUCUGCUCAGGAACGCUCCGUGCUGUGCCAUCGGAAGCGGUUCUUGAUGGUGCCCGAGGGCAUCCCCACGGAGACCAAACUGUUGGACCUGGGCAAGAAUCGCAUCAAGACUCUCAACCCGGACGAGUUUGCCAAUUUUCCUCACUUGGAGGAGCUGGAGCUGAACGAGAACAUCAUCAGCGCCAUCGAGCCGGGCGCUUUCAACAACCUCUUCAACCUCAGGACUCUGGGUCUCCGGAGCAACCGGCUCAAGCUGAUCCCCAUCGGGGUCUUCACGGGACUCAGCAAUCUGACCAGGUUGGACAUUAGCGAGAACAAAAUUGUGAUCCUUCUAGAUUAUAUGUUCCAGGACUUGUACAACCUCAAGUCUUUGGAGGUCGGGGACAACGACCUGGUUUACAUCUCCCACCGGGCCUUUAACGGCCUCAAUAGCUUGGAACAACUGACCUUGGAGAAAUGCAACUUGACCACCAUCCCUACGGAGGCGCUCUCUCAUUUGCACAGCCUCAUCGUGCUGCAGCUGCGCCACCUGAACAUCAACGCCAUCAGGGAUUACUCGUUUAAGAGGCUGUACAGACUCAAAGUCCUGGAGAUCUCUCACUGGCCGUAUCUAGACACCAUGACGUCCAAUUGCCUGUAUGGGCUGAACUUAACGUCCUUGUCCAUCACCCACUGCAACCUGACUUCCGUCCCUUAUAUCUCCUUGAGGCACCUGGUUUAUCUCAGGUUCCUGAACCUGUCCUACAACCCCAUCACCAUGAUCGAAGGCUCCAUGCUUCACGACCUACUCAGGCUGCAGGAGAUACAGCUGGUCGGGGGCCAGCUGGCGGUGGUGGAACCGUACGCUUUCCGGGGCCUCAACUACUUGCGCAUCUUGAACGUUUCGGGGAACCUUCUGAACACCUUGGAAGAGUCGACCUUCCACUCGGUCGGGAACCUAGAAACACUCAUCAUCGACAACAACCCCUUGGCUUGCGACUGCCGGCUCCUUUGGAUUUUCCGACGGCGCUGGAGGCUGAAUUUUAACAAACGGCAGCCCACCUGCGCCACGCCCGAGUUUGUCCAGGGGAAAGAGUUCAAGGAUUUUUCCGAGGCGCUCCUGCCCAACUACUUCAUCUGCCGCCGGUCCCGGAUACGGGACCGCAAGCCCCAGCAGAUCUUUGUGGACGAAGGCCACACGGUGCAGUUCGUCUGCCGCGCGGAUGGCGACCCGCCUCCCACCAUUAUGUGGCUCUCUCCGAGGAAACACCUCAUCUCUACCAAAACCAACGGGCGGCUGACCGUCUUCCCCGAUGGCACGCUGGAGGUGCGCUAUGCCCAGAUCCAGGACAACGGCACCUACCUAUGCAUCGCCAGUAACGCUGGUGGCAAUGAUACCAUGUUGGCGCACUUGCACGUCCGCAGUUACUCCCCAGACUGGCCCCACCAGCCCAAUAAGACCUUCGCUUUCAUCUCCAACCAGCCCAACGAGAGUGACGCUAACAGCACGCGCGCCACCGUGCCUUUCCCCUUUGACAUCAAGACCCUCAUCAUCGCCACCACUAUGGGGUUCAUCUCUUUCCUGGGGGUCGUCCUCUUCUGCCUGGUGCUCCUCUUCCUGUGGAGCAGGGGCAAAGGAAACACCAAGCACAAUAUCGAGAUCGAAUACGUCCCGCGCAAAUCCGACGCGGGCAUCAGUUCCGCCGCCGACGCGCCGCGCAAGUUCAACAUGAAAAUGAUCUGACUCACACGCCGCAACACACAAAAAAAAGCAAUUGUUGAAACUCGAUGAGAGGGUUCUUUUUUAAAAAAAUAAUAAAAUAAAAUUUGAAAAGAGAAGACCGUGUGUCAAACAUACCGAGCUCUCUUCUCUUCGCCCCGUCCCCUGUUCCGUUCCCCCACUGCCCCGCAUCACUUCUCCCUCCUCGUCCUCUUUGUGAAAAUGUUCUGCUGACGUCUCCAGAACUUCCUGUGUUUGUAGGACAUAUUCUGACAAGACUCCAGGUGUCAAUCCUGACGGUGAGAGGAAAUUUAAAAAAAAAAUUCCAAAACAACAAAUCGACAACAGGAAAAGUUACAAACUUCCUCUGUAGCUUUUGGUUUCAAUAAUGAUGGAUUUUUAUGAAAACUUGAAAUAAUAAAAGAACUAUUUCCUAUA